AUGGGAAAAUUAAGCUUUAAAAAACUACUUACCCUUCUCCUCCUUGUCCGGUUCGUGGGUGUUGUUGCUUCUGCCUCUUCUACUGAAGAGGGAAAUGCUCUCCUAAAAUGGAAACCUAGCUUUGAAAAUCAAACAAAAUCUCAGUUAACUUCGUGGACUCUGGUUUCUCCUAAUGCCACCAGCUCUACGCCACUCACAACCCCAUGUUCUUGGCCUGGAAUUUCAUGCAAUUUAGCUGGAAGUGUCACCAAAAUAAACCUUACCAGUUUCGGUUUUAAAUGGUACAUUAUUGAUAACUUGUCAAAGCUCAUUUAUCUUGAUCUAUCCUUUAAUCAUUUCUCUGGAAAAAUCCCACCUGAGAUUAGUCUCCUAACAAAUCUUCAGAACCUACACCUUGACGAAAACCAAUUGAAUGGCACAAUUACAUCUGAAAUUGGUCAAUGCCCAUCUCUUAAUGAGCUUGCCUUGUAUGGCAACAGUUUAGAUGGUCAAAUUUCUACUUCUCUUGGUAAUCUGAGCAACCUGGUUAAGUUAUAUCUCCACAAUAAUUUGCUUUCAAGUUCUAUUCCUAUAGAAAUGGGAAGUCUAACCAAUUUAAUCGAACUUUACUUGAAUACCAACCAUCUUACAGGCCUCAUUCCUUCCAGUUUUGGAAAUUUUACAAAGCUUACUAUGUUGCACGCCCUUGACAAUCAACUUUCUGGUCCCAUUCUUGAAGAAUUAGGAAAUUUAAAGUGUCUUGAACAUCUAAGCCUUUAUUCAAACAAUCUUUCUGGUUCUAUUCUAGUAUCAUUGGGUGGUCUCACGAACCUUACCUACUUUCAUCUCUAUGGAAAUCAGCUUUCUAGUCUCAUUCCUAAAGAGCUUGGAAACUUGAAAUCUCUGACAGAUCUAAAGUUGAGUGUAAACCAAUUAAAUGGUUCGCCUCCCCCUUCAUUUGGCAAUUUGAUUAAUUUAGAAAUAUUAUAUCUUCACCAAAACCAACUUUCUAGAUCCAUUCCUCAAGAAAUGACAAAUCUCAUGAAAUUGUCAAUACUGCAACUAGACACAAACCAGUUUACUGGUCCUCUACCCAACAUUUGUCAAGGUGGUUCACUUGUAUACUUCACUGCAAGCAACAAUAAUCUCAUAGGUAACAUCCCCAAAGGCUUAAAACUGCACAAGCUUGGUAAGAGUCCAUCUUGA